GCCUGUUGGUUCCCGGCGGCCGGGAAAGGCCCCGGUCAGCUGCGUCCGGCGGGCGAGUCAGCUGCUGCCCCGCCAGCUGCGCGGCGGGGAGAGUGGGGGGCGCCGCCCUGGGUCCCCCCAGCUGCCAUGGGCCCCCUGGGCGCGCCCCUCCGGCCCGGGCUGGGCUCCCUCUGCCUCCUGCUCGCGGGGGCCGCCUGGGCGCCCCCACCUGCUGCUCCGGACCCCAAGUUUGAGAGCAAAGCGGCUCUGCUGGCGGCCCGCGGGCCGGGGGGGCUGCAUUGCUUCUCGGAGAGGCUGGAGGACCUGGUGUGCUUCUGGGAGGAGGAGGCGGCCUUCCAGGCGGCCCCCGACAGCUUCACCUUCGCCUACCAGCUCGAGGGCGAGCCCUGGAAGCUGUGCCCGCUGCACCGGGCGCCCACGGCCCGCGGCUCCCUGCGCUUCUGGUGCUCGCUGCCCACGGCCGACACGUCAAGCUUCGUGCCCCUGGAGCUGCGGGUCACGGCGGCCGAGUCCGGGGCGCUGCUGCACCGCCUGCUCAUCCAGGUCAACGAAGUGGUGCUCCUGGACCCUCCCGCGGGGCUGCUGGCUCGCCGGGCCGAGGACACCGCCAACGUGGUUCUGCGCUGGCUCCCGCCGCCCGGGGCCCCCAUGACCAGCCUCAUCCGCUACGAGGUCAACAUCUCCGCCCAGGGUGCGGGCGGCACCCGGAGGGUGGAGAUCCUGGAGGGCCGCACCGAGUGUCAGCUGAGCAACCUGCGGGGCGGGACCCGUUACUCCUUCGCCGUGCGCGCCCGCAUGUCCGAGCCCAGCUUCAGCGGCUUCUGGAGCGCCUGGUCCGAGCCCGCGGAGCUGAUGACGGCCAGCGACCUGGACCCCCUGAUCCUGACGCUGUCUCUCAUCCUGGUGCUCAUUCUGCUGCUGCUGGUCGUGCUCACGCUGCUCUCCCACCGCCAGGCCCUGAAGCAGAUCUGGCCGGGGAUCCCCAGCCCCGAGAGCGAAUUCGAGGGUCUGUUCACCACGCACAAGGGGGACUUCCAGCUCUGGCUGCACGAGGACGCCUGUCUGUGGUGGGGGCCCAGCACCCCGUUCUCCGAGGAGACGCCGGCACCGCUGGAGGUGUUGUCCGAGAGGUGCUGGGAGGCGGCGCCCGUCGGGGAGCCCGGCGCCCAGGACGGGGGUCCCCUGCUGGCCGAGGGGGCCGGGCCGCCCCAGGACCCCUACCUGGUGCUGGACAAGUGGCUCCGGCCCCGCAGUCCGGACAGGGAGGCCCUGCCCGGCGGGACAGACGCAGCGGCCUCCGACAAGGACUCAGAAGCCUCUUCCAUCUGCGGGGAGCUCGGACCUCGGGCCGUCUCAUCCCCCGGCCCCUCGGCGCCCUCGGGCGCCAGCUUCGAGUACACAGUCCUGGAGCCCGGCUCGCAGCUCCUGCAGCCCCGGGGGGGCUCCCCCCAGCCACCCUCCACACCACCCCACCUCAAGUACUUGUAUUUGGUGGUGUCUGACUCGGGGAUCUCCACCAGUUACAGCUCUGAGGGGUCCCAGGGGCCACAGGAGGGGGCGCCCGCCAGGCCCUAUGCCCACCCCUAUGAGAACAGCCUGGAGCUGGGCCCCCGAGCUGCGGCCCCCAGCUAUGUGGUCUGCUCCUAGGGCACCAUGUUCAAGACUGGGCCCGACAGGACCAUGGGGCACAAGGCUUUGUGGGAAGGGACGCGGGGCCAGGGGGUCUCGGGGAGCCCCAAGGAGGUGGGGCAGGACUGUGGGGGUCUCUCCUCUCUCAGCACCAUGCACAGCACCCAGGGAGCCCCAUGGAGGGUGGGCAGGGCUGUGGGGUCUCUCCUCUCUCAGCACCAGGCACAGCACCCAGGGAGCCCCGUGGAGGGUGGGCAGGACUGUGGGGUCUCUCCUCUCUCAGCACCAGGCACAGCACCCAGGGAGCCCCAUGGAGGGUGGGCA